CCAGAAUCAUUCCUGGCAUUUGUUUGGAGCAUAAAGGUCUUUACACUGAGGUCUGAAGAAUGAGUGACUGGGAGAAUGUGAAUACGGUCUGGAGUGCGGUGGAGCCAAACAUAACUACUGUCGGGCAGAAUAUUCUACUGCGAUUAUUCAAGGAACACCCGGACACCAAAGCCUUAUUCCCCAAGUUUAAGGAUAUCCCUCUGGAACAGCUGGGGAACAAUGAGGACCUUCGCAAACAUGGAACCACUGUUCUCCGGGCUCUUGGCAAUAUUUUUAGACAGAAGGGAAACCAUAGUGUCAAUGUGAAGGAACUUGCAGACACUCAUAUCAACAAACACAAAAUCCCACCUUAUAACUUCACUUUAAUCACCACCGUUGCUUUGGUCGUCUUGACUGAGAUGUACCCAGGUGAAAUGACUAAACCGAUUCAGGAUUCGUUCUCAAAGGUUUUCAAAAUCAUCUGCUCUGACCUCGAGCAAUUGUACAAGGCGGCUAACUUCCAAGGUUAAAGAGGGCAGUGGGCACUCCUGAGCCUGGAUCAUAGCUAAUGGCACGGAAAUCGCAACAUGUAGUUUAUCUGUAACAGCGUGGUAGUGGUGGUUACACAGCUAUUAAUAUUUACGCAGUGAAUUCUUCCACAUGUAACAAACGUGUGCAAAUUCAGUUAGAUAAUGAAAUAUUAACCCUUGCUUCUAUGUGAAUUCUUACCCGUUCUUCCACUUUGAAGACCCCUAGGUUCCCAGGAAAUCCUCACUCCACUGUGGGACAUUCUACUACUGAAUUCCAAAGUAGGGUUCAAACUCUUAAUUGUACUUUGUACAAGGCUCCAAACCC